AUGGAUUCCGAUUCUGACGAAACCUUAUCCGAUGAAAAUGAAAGUACAAUUAAUUCUGAUGAACUUGAAAGUACUGGUUCUGAAGAUAAUGAUUCAUUAAUCGAAGAACUCAAUCAAACCAAUGCCCGAUGGGCGCGGAAUGGAGUGACCGUUGCUGGAGGCCAUGGGUAUGGCAAUGCCACCAAUCAAUUAUGGGGCCCUCAUGGACUCUUCGUUGAUGAUGAUCAAACGAUAGUCAUCGCUGACACAUAUAACCAUCGUAUUGUUCAAUGGAGGGCAGGUGAUACAAAUGGACAAGUCGUGGCUGGUGGUCAUGGCAAAGGAAGUCGAUUGGAUCAAUUGAAUGAGCCAACUGAUGUGUUGAUCGACAAAGAGACGGAUAGUCUCAUUAUUUGUGAUCGAGAGAAUCGACGAGUUGUACGAUGGUCUCGUCGUAGUGGUACAGCUCAUGGAGAAGUUCUCAUACACAAUACCAAGUGUUGGGGAUUGGCCAUGGAUGACCAGAAAUAUCUUUAUGUCUCUGACUACGAGAAAGAUGAAGUAAGACGAUAUGAAAAGGGUGACUGGAAUGGAAUUGUUGUGGCCGGUGGCAAUGGUAUAGGUAGUGGUCUCAAUCAAUUCAAUGGUCCGACUUAUCUCUUUGUCGAUAGACAACAGACUAUCUACGUAUCGGACAGGAGCAAUGAUCGUGUGAUGAAAUGGGAUAAAGGUGCAACAGAAGGAAUUGUCGUUGCUGGGGAUCAAGGCCAAGGAAAUGGUUUCGCACAAUUGUCGUAUCCUAACGGAGUGUUCGUCAAUACUUUGGGUACUCUCUGUAUAGCAGACUCGUGGAAUAAUCGAGUGAUUGGUUGGCCUCAAGGAGCGACACAAGGCACUGUCAUCGUGGGCGGAAGUGGCCCAGGAACAAAAGCAAAUCAAUUCAAUGGUCCCAUGGCUUUGUCCUUUGAUUGUCAUGGCAAUCUCUAUGUUGUCGACCGGGGAAAUUACCGUGUUCAACAGUUUUCUAUCUAA